CUCCCUGUUGAUGUGGCGGCUCUAAGCCACGCCCCCCGUCAACUCGCAACCAACAUGGCGGCGCGCAGGAAAAUGGAGCGAACCAGCAGCGCUAUUUCUGCUGUUUCUGUGUUUAUUUUACUCCAGCUGUUAGUCGGCGGUUGCCUUUCAGCCUCAGUUGGCACCAGCAUGGGAGUGACAAGUAAAGGAGAUCCGGGGAAAAACACAUCUCAAACCAACAAUCAGAAUCUCUUGGUCCAUCUUUCACAAGAGACAAAGAGCCCUACGAAUCCUGUCACCCAUAAUGCCCCAACACCACCAGCAGAGAAGUCUGUCAGUGACCACACAACCACCACUGAAGAAAGGGUUCAGACAGUGAGCAGUAACGCAUUUGAAGUCUUGGAAACCUCUGAAAAUACAAUGGCACAAAAUAUCCCCACGCAAAACGCCAGUGAGAUUGAGUCUAAAGCACAAGGUAAUUCACGCAGCGUCGCACCCGAGAGACCGACCGUUCCGGAAAGCAUUCCAGACUCUGCUAAAGAAUCUUCCACCACCAAAACGUCUAAAACACCUGAACCUUCAACUGAAGCCCCAGACACGCCUGAUGCUAACUCUGAAGCUGGUGACCAGAAAUCACACACCCCACAGGACAACGAAUGGGACAGCGAACAGGACCCCCGGCCGACAGACGUCACAGAACCUGAAAAUUUUCCAGAAAACGAUGAUGAAGGCAAUGAGGAGGAUGAUUACAUCAAAGGGAACGACGAGAGCCAGAAGUCAAAUAGGAUGGAGACUAGCAUCACCUCAAACACUGAAGACGAGGACUCUCAUUUCUUCUUUCAUCUGGUCAUUCUGGCCUUCCUGGUGGCCAUCGUCUACAUCACCUACCACAACAAGAGGAAGAUCUUCCUCCUCGCUCAGAGCCGGCGCUGGAAGGACGGUCUGUGCUCCCGCAAAACUGUGGAGUAUCGCCGCCUGGACCAGAACGUCAACGAGGCCAUGCCCUCCCUCAAGAUGACACGCGACUACGUCUUUUGAUCAAUAAUUAGAGGACCGGCGUGUCCACACAGCACACGGUUGUCUUUCUUUCAUGGCCAGCUGCAUCAAGAUGCUCGAUUGAUGCCUUCUCUGCAGGCCAGUUAUGUUCUUCUGGACUUUGUUUUUGUCUACAUAUUUUUACUCUUUCUGUCAUUAUGCUUUUUAUUGUUUCUAAAUGAAUACUUUUUGGGUUUAAUAUUUUGGUUAAUUAAGGUACUUCAUGAUUGUCAAUCUUGGGAGAGUUUCAGUGUUUUUUCUUCUUGCACACAGUCUUAAUCUCAAUAUGAUGCCCCCUGUAAAAUUAUGUCAUAACUUUUACACAUUAAUAUAUUUCCUAAUAAAUAAUGACGAUAAUAAUAAUUGUUUAUUAAUAUUAGUCUUGUUAGCAGCUAGGUAAGACAUACGCUGAUACAAAGAGUAUUUGUAGUGUCAUAUGAAAUGAGCAUAUGUAAGUGCAGUGAACUUUGUGCACAUCAUAACAACAAAUUAAAAAUGAAUAAUAGCUUUUUGUUUUGAUGUUACUCUUUAUAACGAAUAUAAGGUCCCUGUUGCACAGAAGGGAAUUAUUCAGCACAUGAAGCAUUAAGUUCAGGAAGUUGACUACUUUUCAGGCAAACUAUAUUUAUGCGCUUAAGCCAUUGAAAUUAAGAAAAAUUCUGUUUAUUGUUCAGGUUCUGAUGUGCUGACAGCGUAUGACAGAUGCAUGUAUUGCCAGAGAGUGAUCAUCAGUUUAUGAACUGCUAAUGCAGUACCUCUAUUUCUACUGCCCAGAUUUUGCUAUGCAGGAGUCCUGGGGCUGGCCCUCUUUCUGUUAUGACUUCGGUGAAUGUCAGUCUGUCAAUCAUUCAUGGUCUUUGUUUGUUGUGGCAAGAAAACAACUGUUCCCAUGUGAUCACAGACGUUUAAAAUGUGUAAUUAUACCUUGGUUUGUUCUCUGUUCCUCAUGAAUGUUGCAUGGUCCGUGUGGACUGAGAUUCACAUGAGCAGUGAAGUAAACAACCCACAGACAAGAAGAACUUCCUGUGUGGUUUCAUCACUCGUGAUCCUCCCUGUUUUCUUGAAUUCAUCGCAGCCUGUUGCUGUCUCAUGCCUUUGGUUGAAGUGCUGCAACUUCCAUGUGAGUCCACGUAUUUGUUUUGCGUCUGUCGCCUUCUGCUGGUUGUCUUCAGCUGUCUUGUCUGUACACAUGUUGCACAGUGGGCAGAUAAUGUGAUUUGCACGUAGGUGGAGGUGAUGGAUCGGCUCUGCUCCUGCAAUCAGUACUGGAAAUGGAACAAUCUCUCUUUUUGUCAAUAAAGCACAAAUUGUGUAUCAAA